AUGGGUUGCUGCUUUUCUCGACCUGGGGGCCCGAAUGCCCCUUAUCCCGGAGGCGCUCCCUCCACCUCUUCCCGUGCCAUCAACUCGCCUCGUCUGCAGCCCGCUGCCGCGCAAGACGGCAGCUCUGGGUCUCUAGGCCCCGCCGCCCAGAGUGAACGACUCGCUCCACACGCCUCCAUUGCCGAGACGUCCAGGCGCCGGAGAGACCAGAGGCCACUCGACCAGCACAUUGACAAGAAGCUCCGUUGGCAUGUGUGGACCGCCAAGAACCGGGCAUGGACGAGGGCGCAGCUUGACAAGGAGAGGCAGGACUUUUUCGACACGCGCGUGACGGGAAGACCAGAAGUGUGGCAGACGGUCCAUGCGGCGCUCAGAGAACUGUGGGAGGCUGAUCUGGCAAUAAACACCCCCGGCGCAAGCGGCGAAACAGAUGUGUCCCCUGACGAUUCCGUUUUGAGCGUCGCCCAAGGCAUUCUCAGGGCCGUUGAGAUUACAUUACCAACUGGAGAUCUAGCCAACGGAGUGUACGACUCACUGGGCCAGUAUUAUGCAUUGCCCGAGUGGAUCGUUAGAGAUCCGGUCAAUAUCACCGUCGAGGACAAAGCUGAAGCACAGGGCGAGCACAAGGGCGAGCUAGGAACCGGCGACGAGUCAUCAGAGGAGAUCGGCGAAGAGGAGGCUCUCCGUCGCCGCGAGGAAAAGGGCAAAGCCGUUGUUGACUCAAAAACCACGACCAAGAUACGGAUACGAAUCAGCGAGACUGCCCGCGACAUCAUUGUGCGCGUCGGUCCAGACGAGCGCGUGCGGUCUAUUGCGCAAAGGGCGCUCCAACAGUCGGGCCUAGAUCCAAGCACCAGGCGAGUGCGACUCGUCUACCUGGGCAAGACUUUAAAGGAAGAUGCCACCCUAGAAUCACAGGGUCACAACAAGGACCACAUCAUCAACGCAUUCAUCAAUAACCGCCAGGCAUAG